UUUCCCUAUUUGCCUUUCACUAGCAUGUUUGUGCUCUUGGUUUCUUUUUUUUUUGAGCCACUGUCCUUAAAUACUCCUAAGCGCUACCCUUUAUCCUUGCUACUUUCAGUUAUAGUAAUAUAUAUAAAUAUAUGUAUAUAUCCUGGCUCUAACAACGGCUGAGAACGUAGGAUAUAACAAGAGUAACUAUUCCUUGAGAGAAGUCUCUCAAGCUUAGCUUGAUGCACAAAUACUGGUGGUUCGAGCUGUGCAGCACCUUACCUGUAAUGGAGAUCAUGGGUUCGAUGUGGAUGGUUGUCCUCUUAGCAACAUUGGCUGGCUUUGUGUCUGUAAAAUGGGUCCUGGAGAGAGUGAAUUGUUGGGUGUAUGAAACCCAAUUAGGCAAUAAGAGGUACUCUCUGCCGCCAGGGGAUUUAGGAUGGCCUUUCAUUGGCAACAUGUGGUCGUUUCUCCGAGCCUUCAGGUCCAACGAUCCCGAUUCCUUCAUCCGUUCCUUCGUUUCCGGAUUCGGGCACAUUGGAAUCUACAAGGCCUUCAUGUUUGGGAACCCAAGUGUAAUUGUUACAAUGCCCGAAAUAUGUAAAAGAGUGUUAAAUGAUGAUGGUGCGUUUAAGCCUGGAUGGCCUACUGCCACAGUAGAACUCAUUGGAAAGAAAUCAUUUAUUGGCAUUUCUUAUGAAGAACACAAGCGUCUCCGCCGUUUAACUGCAGCUCCUGUCAAUGGCCAUGAAGCACUGUCCAUUUACAUCCCAUAUAUAGAAGAGAAUGUGAUAUCUGCCUUGGACAAAUGGACCAAGAUGAGAGAAAUUGAAUUCUUGACGCAACUCCGAAAGCUCACUUUUAGGAUAAUAAUGUAUAUUUUUCUCAGCUCAGAAAGCGAAGAGGUAAUGGAAGCCUUGGAGAAGGAAUACACAACCCUUAACUAUGGAGUUAGAGCUAUGGCAAUCAAUGUCCCAGGAUUUGCUUAUUAUAAAGCCCUCAAGGCUCGGAAAAAACUUGUAGGGGUUUUUCAAUCUGUGGUGAAUGAGCGGAGAAAUCAGAGGAAAACAAAUAACUCAACAAAGAAGCAAGACAUGUUGGAUGCCUUGAUGGAUGUCAAAGACGAGAAAGGUGAAACAUUGGAUGAUGAGGAAAUAAUUGAUAUUAUGUUGAUGUACCUGAAUGCAGGCCAUGAAUCUUCCGGCCACACUACAAUGUGGGCGACUAUUUUCCUGCAACAACACCCAGAAGUUCUAGAAAAAGCAAAGGCAGAGCAAGAAAAGAUCGUGAAAAAAAGGUUACCGACCCAAAAGGGUUUAACGCUCAAAGAAAUUCGAGAAAUGGAUUAUCUUUCUAAGGUGAUUGAUGAAACGCUUCGGUUGGUAACAUUCUCAUUGAUGGUCUUCCGUGAGGCAAAAACAGAUGUCAAUAUAAGCGGAUAUACCAUUCCCAAGGGGUGGAAAGUUCUAGUCUGGUUCAGAAGCAUUCACUUGGACCCUGAGAUUUACCCAAAUCCAAAAGAAUUUAAUCCUUCUCGAUGGGAUGAUUAUACAGCAAAAGCAGGAACUUUCCUUCCCUUUGGAGCAGGAAGCAGAUUGUGCCCUGGAAGUGAUCUAGCCAAGCUUGAAAUUGCUAUUUUUCUUCAUCAUUUUCUCCUCAACUAUCAGCUACAGCGGCUUAAUCCUGGGAGUAAAAUUAGGUAUCUACCACAUUCAAGGCCCGCAGACAAUUGCUUGGCAAGAAUCAAGAAACACCCUGCUUCUCUUCCCAAGGAAGAAAAAUGGAAAAUUUAAAUGGGGUUUCAUGUUCACUUUAAUUUCAUCCACAAAUAUCCCAACUAUGAUAAUAAUUUCUCCUCUGAGAGACUACAUAUGAUAAAUAAUCAAUAAACCAAUACUAACAUGAUCCUAGGUUCUCCAACUGUUUUUGUGAAAUUUUUAAAAUUUCAAAAUUCAUAUGUUUAUUAACUACUUAACUAGUGUGGAGAAUUGUUAUU